ACUGAAACAAAGGCCUUGUCAGAAUUCAAGUAUGGCAAUUGAAGAAGAAGAAGCUUCUGCUAAGCAAAAUGAUGCUGCUGACAUUUCCACCAGUCAAGUUGAUCCUUCACCCCAAGAGGAUGGAAAUUCCCCUGAGAUAAUUGAAGAAACUCCUCCUGAACACCCAUGGAGACGACAGAACCUCGCCUUACAGAUACCCUCAAGAACUCUUGCGGAUGCCAAAGAGGAUUUUGUGAGAAUAGACAUGCCCCCAACUCCAAGUCCCACUCCCAAAAGAGUAAACUUCUCCCCAUUACCCAGCCCUUAUUUAAACAAAGUCAGUGGAUCCCCAGGUCCCUCAUCCUCAAAAACUAAGACAACCAUAAAAAGCCUCCUUCCCAAACUAAGUUUCAAGUAUCGGAACACUACUUCAGAGAUACGGAAGGCUGCUACGCUUGCACUAGGAGGUACACCUACGGCAACCCGUCAGAGGCCUAUAAUUUCUAGGACAUUUUCUCUUACAAACCUUUUAACACCAAGUCUGAAGAAUACAUCAUCAUUGCCUACAACUCCAAUUUCUCACUCAAAUCCAGAGUCUAUGCAUGGGAGGAACACUGUUGAUCUGAAAGGAGGGCGCCAGCUGCCUAUUCAUCGUUCACAUUCAGUACCUGUGCUUAAUAAAGAUGGGAGUGUAUGUCUAGGUGGUGUCAUUCGAGUGAUUCCUUCCACACCACGAGCGAUGGAGAGAACUGUUUCAAUAACUUCAUGCACCUCCCCAAAAGAUGACAAUGAUGGAAGUGAUGAUGAUGGUGAAGAUAUUGCCGCUGAAGAGGCUGUUUGUCGAAUUUGCUUAGUUGAACUGGGGGAAGGUGCUGACACCCUGAAGAUGGAAUGCAGCUGUAAAGGCGACCUCGCUCUGGCCCACCAAGAGUGUGCUGUAAAAUGGUUCAGCAUUAAAGGUAAUAAAACAUGUGAUGUGUGCAAGCAAGAGGUCCAGAACCUGCCUGUCACGCUUUUACGAAUUCAAAAUGUUCAAGCACAUAAUUUACGUGGAACUAGAGCACAGCAGCCUGAGGUUACUCAAUACAGUUUGGAAGGAGAAAGAUGGAAAAGGGUCUGGCAGGAUGUUCCCAUUCUCGUCAUAGUUAGCAUGCUCGCAUACUUCUGUUUUCUUGAGCAGCUUCUGGUAGGAAAAAUGGGAUCAGGUGCAAUUGCGCUCUCUCUUCCUUUUUCCUGUAUAUUGGGUCUUUUGGCAUCCAUGACAGCAAGCACAAUGGUGAGAAGAAAAUAUGUCUGGGUUUAUGCGACCAUUCAGUUCUUUUUGGUGGUUCUCUCAGCUCAUCUACUUUAUUCAUUGAUUCACAUGCAGGCAGUUCUGUCGGUUCUUCUUGCCACAUUCACGGGGUUUGGAGUUACAAUGUGUGGGAAUUCCAUUAUUAUCGAGGCUUUGAGAUGGAGGGAAAGAUGUCUUUCUCGGUCAAAUCAACGUCAUGGUACUGCUGCAGUGACUCAGCCGAAUCAACCACAACAAACAGAGACAAAUCCUCAGCAUCUUGAAAAUGAAAUUGAAGGUGCUGAAGCUGUUCGUGGCAGCUGAUUCACAAUCGUUAGUAUACACUAUACACUGCAUCUACAGCGUCCAGUGCGGCUGUGAACUACAAAUGAUCUGUAGUGAGCUUUUAGCGUUGAUGUAUACUGACCAUUUCACAUGUAUAUGUUAGUUCGGAUGUUGAAUCUUUGGCUUUCCAAACACAUAACUAGAACUUGGAACCUUUCUUGGUAGAAAAGGUAUUGUAUUUGAGGCUUGAAGUUUAAUGUUACCUUUGUAAUUAAUG